GAAUUAUAAGUUAGUUGUUGUUGAUGUAUUCUGUUACAGUUGAGUCGAAAAAUAUAAAGAGAGUCUUUUAUCUUGUAUCCGCCUGCGGUAAUUCAUUACCGUAAGGUGACGUGACAAUCAGAUUGAGAAAAGUUUAGUGACAAGGCCCAGUUUUGCAAACGUGCUUUGAACCAGGAGGAUGUCCGUGUCUGCAAUAUGUCGAGCUUCAAGAGCGUUGUCUCAGAAAAUUAUUCUAACGGCAAGGCGUUCUAUAUCCAGCCAAACAAUUGCUGCCUCAGUUCGCACCCUUGCAAGCCAGGCACAUGAUGCAAAAGCUCACUCGCAAGAUCCUGCAAAAGCAAAUUAUGAAGCAAGGUGCGAUCUAGCAGCAUGUUACAGAAUUCUUUAUAACCUUGGAUUCAGUGAAGGCACGUGCAACCAUUUGUCACUCUCUUGCCCUGCCAAAGACGGCUCUGGCAAAGUGAUGCUCAUAAUCCCAUAUGGUCUUUAUUGGACAGAGGUAACUGCUUCCUCACUCAUUGGGGUAAGCCUGAAGGAGCCUAAAAACCCUGUAGUCGUGGAAGAAGGUUGUGGCCCGCCUGACAUUUCUGCCAUGUGUAUCCAUAAUGGAAUACACCAAACACGUGCUGAGAGUGGAAUCACAUGCGUACUGCAUUCACAUGUUCCUUAUGCCACUGCCCUGACCUGCAUCAAAGAUCAGAAACUAGAAAUGACUCACCAGAACUCAACCAGGUUUUAUGAGGAAAUCUGCUAUGAUAAUGGCUAUGACGGAGUUGCUACCAGCUUAGAUGAAGGGUUUCGACUUGGGAAAGUUCUCAAUGAUAAGACAGUGAUGAUGAUGGGUAAUCAUGGUGUCCUUGUUCUUGGUAGAACGGUGUCAGAAGCAGUGGAUCAUAUGUAUUACCUUGAAAGGGCAGCACAAGUUCAGGUGUUGGAGACACACGCCUGGAGCUGGACACUACGCGUGAUGUCAACGUGAUCAGUGUGUGGGGGAAAUUACUUGACAUUUCGUGACCCUUUCGUUAUAGCCAUAUUUGGUAAUAUGUUGACGUUUUGUUUUGUUGGUAGUUUUAAGGCAUGCGCCAGGUCUUGCAGUCAGUUAGGGCGUAACAUAGUUUUAGAGAGAGAUGUUGCCGAUUAAUUAAAUAGACGUAAUUUUAACCGAGAAGUUGACGCCGUAUUAGUAAAUAGAAUAAGUUAAAGUUAAAGAGAAAAAGGCAAGACGUGGAGUAGCAGAAAUCAGACGAGUUAAAAUUAGAGUUUUGUUCAUGUUGCUGAACUGGUUGUUUUCUUCGUGCGGUGUUGAGAGGUCGUAAGUUUAUUUUAUCAUUUAUUUUCCUUUUACAUUUACAGUAAAACCCUAUAGCAAAAGUGCGGUUUAAGACAGGUGAAUCAAUAGAAGAAUCGCAUAAGAUAACAUGAUCAUAAAGGGAAAAUUCCUCUUUAAAUAUACUUAUUACGUCACCACCAUAAAGAAAAAAUACAAAUGUUACCACGCAGAGUUCUAGAAUAAUCUAGUUGCGAAAAUGUCAAUUUUGUCUGUCGAUGUAAUCACUUAAAAUAAACAAUAUAAUGUUUACUCUCAAUGUUUAUUUAGCGCUAAUAAUUUCAGACAGCGGUAUUACAAACAAAACCAAUCAUAACAGGUUUUGAGUUAGGUUUUCUGACUACUUUGGAAGUGAUCAUCCGAAUAAAGUGAAUCAACGUUUCUAGGCUUGAAUAUAAAAGUUACCAAUUGCUCAAAUUAUAAAAUAAUUCUGCGCAUGCGCAGCGCUUAUAUUAUGAUUUUCAACUUUGCACUUAUCUAAGAUGAUGGAACUCUUUGCGCAUUCAAAAAUGAGAGCCUCGUUAUAUCAAUUUUUUGCAGAUGUUGUAGAUGUGAGAACCAACGUAAUUGGAAGAAUGUUAAACGCGACAUUUCAAGUCCAAGCAAUCAACGAAACUGUUAAGAAACAACAAACAUGGCCGGUAAAUGCUCAGAUUUGGGCCCCACGCCCGCGCGCGCAAAAAAUGUCAAAUGGAAAUCGGCCUUAAGUGAACUUUUUUGGAAACGGUCUCGUUGAGCAUGAAGAAGUAAACUCAAAUGGAUACGAAUCUUUUUGGAACCGGUCUCGUGUAAACAGGGUCUAAAUGUGCUGUCGUUUUUUAUCUUGUUUAACGUGCAUAAAACACGAAACCGGCAAGAGGCGAUAUUGCGUGACCGUUGCGUCGUGAUGAAUUUACUGACUAAUAAGAACACGUGAAACGAGGGGACCCUACAAAAGUGUUGUUGAUUACGUUACUGUGGAUAAAGAGACAGUGUGACCAGAUCUAGCAUAAUAUUAUGCUUUUGGCAUUAUUUUGGCCAAAAAUCGUCCUUUAGCAUAAAAUCUGGCAUCGUUGGAAAUCUAGCAUAAUUCUGGCAUAAUUUCAAUAUUUGAUAAGAAAAUCAUUGUUUCCAUUGAUAAGUGCACGGCUGUCUAUCGUAACUGCAUGCAAAUACAUUACACCCGCAUGUGUGGCUAUUAUUAUGUGAGUAAAUUGUGACGCCAUCAUCAUGUGACGUCCGUCAAGUGAGGCAGUAGCGAAACAGAGGCUCAUGGAGUAAGUCUACAUCUGGUCUACUCAUAUCAAACUAUUUGCAACGUAUGUUUACAAGCAUAGCGUGAUUCUCGAACUUACCACUCUAACGACCAUCCUCGCAAACACUUCCACUUGCACUGACUCGGCUCUAACUCGAACUGACGCAAGAGCCGUAACCAUUACUAUUUCACAACACUCAUAAUUCGAACACAAAAAGGCAACUUAGAUCUAUGGUUUUGACAGCCAACUUUCUUUAUUUUGGCCUUUUUUCAAAACCGCUUGGCGGCCGUCACAAAUUAAUUUGGCUUUUUGCACGAAGGAAACAAAACUUUUUGCACACAUAGUAUUCAACAUUUUUUAAAACAAUUUCAAAUGGCGAAACAUGAAACCAAAUAAAAGAUAACAGACAAUUUAAGGUAAGCGCAAGUGAAAACUUUUGUAAUCUACAAAGCAAAUUUUAAUUACACUAUCACUCCCCACAAUUUGGAAAAAAUUAGCUUUUUGUAUAUUUUGUUUAGCUGGCUGAAUUUGGCAGCCACCAGUAAAAUACUUAGCUGCCAAUCAUUCCAAACAUCUGGCAUCCCUGAAAGUAGAAAGUUUGCAAUUUACUACAAAAAUGAUAGCGCUACAUGCUGAUAUAAAGUGUCUGCAUUUGGUACUGAUAGACAACAAAUCGAUGGAAACAAUGAUUCUUUUAAAAAUAUCAAAAUGAUGCCAGAGUUAUGCUAAAUUCUAAGUUAUGCUAGAUCUUGUGCUAAACGAUGACUUUGGCCAAUAUUAUGCAAAAAGCAUAAUAUUAUGCUAGAUUUGGUCACGCUGCUCUGCAAGACAGCCCCAACAUGUACAGCAUUCGUUGUUGACUUUCAAGUCAUCCACCAGAAAGAUGAAAGCACAUGAAAAGUCCGAUUUUGUGCAUAUUGCAGGAAUGCCUUUGACUUCUUGGAAAAAUCUGUUGAAAAUACACACUCUUACCAGACUGUCAAAAUACAGUAGAACACUCUAGCUUAUUACUUCAUAUCAUUCUAGUAUAUUCGUAGUAUUAGUCCAAUUCUUUUUUUGCAAAAUAAAUACUUCCGCUUUCUCGAAUCUUCUGGAAUGAUGAUUUUCUAGAAACUUCUAGAACAUGACAAUAAACAUACAAAAAAGCAUUUCUGUACUAGGUUAGUAAGUCAUUAAUAUUAUUAUAUCUGCGGUAAUAAAACUGCGUUUGUCUGUGAAUACCUUCAACAAAAUCUUGAUUUGAAGCUCUACUAGCCCCAAGAGAAUUUCUGCAUAUUUGACCAGUACAAAAAGCUUUCAAUCAUAGAUUCUGAAAGAAGGACAAAAAGAGGAAACCCAUCCUUUCGAUCUUUUCGCAAUCAAUACAAACACACAAAUACCAGUAUAGAUGAAGUCAUUCUGGGCAUGUUGUGCCACAAGCAGAAGCACCUUUCAUUGCUUCACAAUUCUUAGCCUGAUGUCCAGAGAGUGGUCACUGACAUUCUAUAAAAUCAUGUCUACACUCUCUUUCUAUGGACGGUGGGAAUAGUUGAGAAAGUACAGCAUCAAGCUCCAGGUUAAUAAUGAAAAAGCUGACUGCCAAACCAUACCGCAUGCAAUGCAGGACACUAGAUUGUUGUGCUGCCAACUGCCAAACACGUUGAUGUCUUUAUGUUAUGCUACUGGGAACCGUUUCAAGCACAUGGCCUUGCAGAGGACUAGGUGAAAAUGGUGAUAGGAGGCACACAAGUUUCAUCCGGAGUUCUAAAUAGAUCAGCAAGUUUCAUUGGUGAAAUGAUGUUCAGCAUACCACCUGUAUUAUAUGCAUUAACUGGAAAUGAUUAUACAUGCAUGGUGGAUGUGAACAAAUCAGCCAUGGAAAGUAGUCCCGAGAAAUACCCAGAUGACUUUGAUAUGACUGCAAACUCUGAUGCUUUCGAACACAACAGCAUGUAAAUGUCGGAGCACAACAAUUGAAGACGCAUGCAAGAAUCUGUCAGGUUUUAUUCAUUAAACUUUACGAUAAAAGUUAUUUGCAUUUUGCUUGGAAAUGUCGUGUUUGGUUGGCUGAGACAUGCCAUGUUAGCUAUUUUUUAUCAAUUUCGCUGAUUGUUUGGACUUGAAAUGUCGGGUUAAACGUUUCUUUAAUUACGUUGGUUCUCACAUCUGCAACAUCUGCAAGACAUUGAUAUAAACAAGACUCUUAUUCUUGAAUGCGCAAAGAGUUUCAUUAUCUUAGAUUAAUGUAAAGUUUUUGAGGACCAUAACAUAAAUUUUGCGCAUGCGCAGUAUAAAUUUAUUAAAAUUUACGAUGGGUAAUUUGUUCCUUCAAUAGUAGAAACGUUUAUUCACUUCAUUCGGAUGCCCACUUCCAAAGAAAAGGGUCAGAAAACCUCGCACAAAACCUGUUAUGAUAGGUUUCGUUAGCAAACAAGUGACCAAAAAGGGUCCAUCUUUCGACGUGAUUUCCAGAAAUUCUCCCAACGGGGAAGUCCUACAACGCGCCCAGCUGUCCAGCCUCGUUUUUCCGACUUGCAUAAUGAUGUAGUUAACGAUUAUGAAGAGACUCGGGAAAUUCCUCUUCGGGAAAUUCCCGAAUCUAUUACGAUACAGGCAACAUUCUACGUUGACGUCGCAAGUGACAUGGUAACAAUGCCAUUGUAAAGGCUUUCACCACAACGGUUAAAGUUAAAGUGGAAAUUCGCAUUUUACUGAAAAUAAUGCAAUAAGAAGACAAAAAUUCGCCAGGCAUGUCAUUUAUAAGUAUAAAGAAGCUAGAAAAUCCUAAGGUCUGAUAGUUUUGAACCAGCAUGCUUGGAAGAACCUCUAAGCUUAUGAAAAACAGGAGGCGACUUUGUUUGAAAACUGAGGCCUUUUUUCCAAAGUUUAAUUUUCUAUUACUACAAAUAAAAUCGCAACAGCGGGGGGAUUGGAGCAAUAGCCAAAAGACAGCGGUAAAAGAGACCCUGCAAUCUGCAUGAAAACAUACUAUACUAACCUUUUUGGACGCAGAAAUAAAACUUCAAGAAAGAACGUUGGUUCAUGGGAGCUGCUAGACUUUAAAAAUUCUUCUACUGAAAAUAAUUUUUACAUUUUAACAGAGGAUGAGACACUAGGGAAUAACUUAGUCUUGCAAAAAAACCAUCCCCCAUCCAAGUCAAAACUUUUUGCAAAAGAAGAUUAUGCGCCAGUUAAUAUUCCUAUGACAUCUAAACAGCAACUCAAAUGCUUUGACUAAGAACUCAGAUACUUUGACUAACAGCUAGGGGCCUAUUUCGUAAUUCCAGAUUUUCGACUACUUCAAACACUUCUCAGUUCCCAAAACCCGCCACACCCAGUGAAAAUGGCAUAUCAUCUGCACAAGUACGGCUUUCAAUUCACUUUUAGUAUUUAAUAUCACAAGUACCGCCAUCGACAUAUUAAAAACAAAUCAUAUAAUGUUAAAUUUAUGAUGAAUAACUUGCGUUUCAGUUUAGGUCAUAACCCUAACACACCUUCAUCUUUGUAUGAAAUCGAAAAUUUUUCAUUAAACUUCCGUGUUCCCAAUUAUAGGCCAAUCUCCUUUGGGCGAAAUUUUUCGCUUUUUCGCCGGCGAAAGGUUAUGAGCAUGCGAAUUUGAAUAUUUUUCGUUGCCUGUGCUGUGCACGACGUUCGCUUUGACAGCUCAAACUGUUUGAACUUUUUCUCUGUUGCUGGCGAAUUUGAAGUCCUAUGUACUUAUAGCAAAAUGGCUGAGUCCCAAAGCAGCUUAGUGUUGGAUGAGGAAAUAACAAAUUUCUUGUUACAAGUACAUUACAUGUUUCUUUUAUAAUCCUAUCAACAGUUCUGGGGUUAAUCCUAUAGCUCUUGCCAACUGAUACAUGCGAAUAACCAGAAACAAAGUAAGAGUCACACAUAGUGUAUCGUAAGCAUCUAUUGGUUUGCGAAACUUCGAUUCGUUCACUAGAUAUGGAACCACCAAAGACAACAAUUGCUCAAAAUUUGCAUACGAAAAAUAGUAAAAAAUAGUUGGUAGUCAUAUAAUUGUAGAUCUAUAACCAGAUUUGUGUAAGCUCCUUUGCUCUCUCGCUCUUGGUAGAAUUUACGUACCAAAAACCUUUUAUUUGAUUUUGGUUUUAUUGUUUUGCGUUUCAACAAAUAAAGCAAAAUCAAAUUAUUUGUACUCUCAUCCGACAUCUUGAAAUCGUGCUUUCUAUUUGGCAAGCAAAGCCAUUGUGAGCUGGAGAUUAAGGAACAUGCAGUUUUCCCUUUUCGUCAGCGCAAAAGCGAAAAAAUUUUGCCUUUUGGAGAUUGGCCUUUAUAAACAGUACCACAAGCACUCAAAGUGGUCACAAGAGCAUGGCCGCUGCGAUUUCUCAGCGGCCGCACUUUUAGAACAGUAGAUGCGCGCACUGAUCUAUAAAAAAGUCUUUUUUAUAGAUCAGUGGAUGCGCGAUCCAAUUUUUUCAGAUCAGUGAAAGGGAUACAGCCAAUAAUUGCUAACAAUGAACCUUUGCGCUACGCAGGCAUCCCAAAAUGCAUUUCCAGACAUUAUUAAACCGAUUUUGGUCGGUCCGUAGAAGUUGACCGCAAUUGUUUGGAUCUCUGCAUUGGAUAUUUCUAUGUAAGUAGACCUAUCAAAGUGCAGACUUACAUUGGGGUGGUUCAACGCACGGGUCACACUCCUUUAUUGUUACAGGUGUCGUUUCUUACAUCAAUCUAGACGAACCAGCCCCUAAAGAAAACUGUUUGAUUCUGCUUAGCAGCGUGUCGGUUUGCUGCGUGAAGCGGUCGAUAGGUUUACCAUGACAUGUUCGAAUCAAACUUUUACUUGU